AUGCCCAAAACUCCGGGCACCCCAAAUUUCCAGAAUGCCUAUGUUCAUCCGUUUGCUAACACGAAAAAACGGCUGGAAAUAAUACGCAAUCCUGGAAUUGACAUCGAAGAAGAAGCGAGGUUGUACGAUGAAAUGUGCUUCGAGGAGAGGAUACCAAUGACCAGGGCUUCAACAGAAUACGAGAGACCGGCCUCCAUAUUCUCAGCUACUGAGAGCACGAGCAUCUGGCUUGGUGAUAACGUUGGAGAAAGUUUAGCUUUUGCUCGGAAUGUUCAGAUCAGUGGAUGGACGAAUGUGGGCGACAAAGAUAAGCUUGGAGGAGGGGCGUAUGUUGUAUACGACUGUGUUGUGAAAACAAAAGAGGGUACAACAAUACAUGCUCACAAACGCUACAAUGCAUUCGUGCAGCUCGAUGCUGCUUUGAGACGUUCACUCCCUCGGCACCAACAACGAUAUGUCCCCCAACUCCCUCCAAAAGCUCCCUUUGCCCGUUACCGCCCAGCAUUUCUUGACCAACGCCGAAGACAGCUAGAAUACUGGCUCUCCGCUGUACUGCUCCAUCCAGAUGUUGGAGCUUCAAAGGCAGUACGGCAGUGGAUCAUGAACUGA